GGGAAGUUCUUCCUUUCUUACGGAGGCCAUAUUUAGGUUGUGCGCCGGAGGGCCAGAAGGGACUGAAGCGCGAAAAUGGUGGCCGCGAAGAAGACGAAAAAGUCUCUGGAGUCGAUCAACUCCCGGCUUCAGCUGGUGAUGAAGAGCGGCAAGUAUGUUCUGGGCUACAAACAGACCCUCAAGAUGAUCCGUCAAGGCAAAGCCAAGCUCGUCAUCCUGGCCAACAACUGCCCUGCCCUCAGGAAAUCUGAAAUUGAAUACUAUGCCAUGUUGGCCAAGACUGGUGUGCAUCACUACAGUGGAAACAACAUCGAACUUGGCACAGCCUGUGGUAAAUACUACAGAGUAUGCACCUUGGCCAUCAUUGACCCUGGUGAUUCUGACAUCAUCAGAAGCAUGCCAGAUCAGCAGCAGGGCGAGAAGUAAUAAUUUUCCCCAAGAGUUGUUAUAAAUAAAUAAGGUGAAAUGCCA